AGAAGAAUGGAAUUGUGGUAUAAAAUAUUGAGGCUUCAACACAGUUAUUCAUUCUUAGUUUUUGAACAGACUUAGGAAGAAGCAAAAAUGGUUUUCAAAGCUACCAUCAUCUGUGCUUUUGCCUUCUUAGUACAGAAUAUCGCUGGGCAAAACUGCGGGUGCAGCUGCAAAUCGAUCAGCAUUCCCAGCAGCGGCGGCGCUCUGAACAUACAGGCUAUCGGCCCCAUCGCGCCGUCCGGCAUCGCCGUGGCCUCGGACCUGGGCCUGUCCGGCGACCUGGACCUGUCCGGCGCGCUGCCGUACCUGAGCGCAGUGGCGUUCGAGGGCCAGUUCGACACCAGCGGCUCGGCGCCGGUGUGCUACGGCUGCGGGGACAGCGUUGCGAUCACGCAGCAAAUCGGCGGCUCCAGCGGCUGUGGAUGCGGAUGCGGCAGGCGCUAAAAACCUGUCUAUUGUAUUAUAUUGAAAUAAAAAAUGGAUUUGAAUCUUU